AAGCCGACCAACCACGAUGGCCCAUUCAAGUUGCGGAAAAGGAAAGCGCCAACCUCAGAGUGAUGUGUUGCCAAGGUGGGUACGACUGUACGGUAUCUUAAAGACAGACAUCAUCGACCUUGUCUUGUCGGAUCAAGAAGCUAAGAAUUCUUGACAAGCAGCCAGAUCUGAUCAUUUUUUCCCAAAUCCAUUUUCUUUUUUCUUCGAAGCAGCAAGAUGAAGGUUUACUUUUACUUAUCAACGGUAGCGUCUUUGACGGUGUUAUCAGGAUUCCAUGUCAUCCCAGUGACUGCCUUUGUGGUUCCCAGCAGCUCCUUCAGCCAACAAGCCCUUACUAAUGCCAAUGCUAUCAGUAAUGCUCAGACUGCUUUGAGCUUGAAAAGUUUGAAAAAGUUGACAAUUUCAAGUUCUCCUGUGCUCAGACAGUCAUUCAGAAAGCAGAAUCUGAAGACCACGGCUCUGUGGGAAAGUACGACCUCCAGCUUGGACCAAGAUCUGCCAGUUCCGCAGGAACAGCCAUCAGCCCAAAUGGUCAAGUUUCGCAAAUACGCUCAAGCAUUUUGCAAUCUAUUUCCCAUUUGGACACUCCUGACUGCAGGCACGGCAUUGGCUCGGCCUUCUACCUUUCUGAGCAUUCCUGCCAGUACAUUUCCAGCACAAAUUGGAAUGCUCAUGUUGUGCAUGGGAAUCUCGUUGAAACCAAGUGACUUCAAACGCGUGGCUCAGAGACCUGCUGCUGUUCUUUUAGCAUUUUUGGGAUGUUACGGAGUCAUGCCAGGAUUGGCGUUUGCCAUUGGAAAAAUUAUGGGGCUCUCACCGCCCUUGGCAGCUGGACUCGUACUGGUCUCUUGUAUUAAUGGAGCUCAAGCCAGCAAUCUUUGCACGUACAUUGGACAAGGAGAUUUGGCUCUAUCCGUACUCAUGACAACAAUGACCACCAUUGGAGCCAUUGUCAUGACACCACUCAUGGGAAAACUCCUCCUGGGAACGGUUGUACCCGUCAAUGCGCAAGCCAUUGCUCUCUCCACAAUUCAAGUGGUGCUCGCACCCAUCCUUGUUGGCAUGACCUUCAAUGCAAAAUUCCCAAACGUGGUGCAGAAAAUCUUGCCUUUUUCACCCAUUCUAGGUGUCUUGAUCACCUGUCUCUUGGUAGGUGUCAGUGUUGCAGGGUGUGCUGGACCCAUCAUGUCUGCAGGAUUCCAAUUACAGGCAUCGGCCGCAUUGCUUCACACACUUGGUGGAGUUGCUGGAUACUUUCUGACCAAACCAUUCUAUGGAGAAGAUGUAUGUCGAACAUUUGCCAUUGAAUUCGCUAUGAAAUCAAGUGCCUUUGGGUACCUAUUGGCUACACAACACUUUUCCGAAUUUGCUGUCAGGGUUCCAGCAGCUGUCAGUAUUGUUUGGAUGACUUUGAUUGGAUCCUCAAUGGCAGUAGCAAGUCGAUUCUUUCCGCCAGAGGAGUGUGUAGUGCCGGACGAAGAAUAA